AUGUUGAAAGUCAAUAAGACAAAAGUGACAGAAUUCAUAAUUUUGGGAUUUCGGGAUCUCCAGAUUUCCAGCACUUUGCUAUUUGCUCCAUUCCUUUUGAUCUAUAUCUUGACAACGAUUGGUAAUCUUCUGAUUAUUGUGUUGGUGCUGAAGGUCCAGAGCCUGAAAUCUCCCAUGUAUUUCUUCCUCACUCAGUUAUCCUUGUCUGAUAUUCUGCUCACCACAGAUGUUACUCCUUAUUUGCUCCAUCUUAUAAUUAACGGAGGAAGCAGAAUAUCGGUUUCUGGCUGCAUCACACAACUUUUCUUCUACGGUGUUUCAGGGGGUGUUGAGUGUCUUCUUCUCACUGUGAUGUCCUAUGACCGGUAUUUAGCCAUCUGCCGGCCGCUCCAUUACACCUCUGUUAUGGAUCUAAGGCUUCAGAGUAAACUGGUCCUAUGUUCUUGGCUUAUUACCGCUAUGACAAUAUUAUUUAAUGUUUUUCUUAUAAGCUACUUACAGUUCUGUGGACCUCAUAUUAUUGACCAUUAUUUUUGUGAUUUAGCACCCAUUCUGGAGCUGUCUUGUUCAGACCAUACCAUUCUUAAUGUUGCAAACUUCAUCUCUGCAAUUGUGUUUGUUCUUAUUCCAUUUUUAUUUAUAGUAUUCACAUACAUCUCUAUUUUUAUCACCAUCAUUGGGAUAUCCUCCAGCACGGGAAGGCAGAAAACCUUUUCCACUUGUGGCUCUCACUUGACUGUAGUGAGUACCUACUAUGGGACUCUAAUAAUAAUUUACAUGGUUUCCACCAAAGGACAAUCUUUUAAUGUCAAAAAGUUUAUAUCUCUUCUAUAUACCAUGGGGACCCCAUUUUGCAACCCUAUUAUAUACAGUCUCAGGAACCAGGAGAUCAAGACAGCCUUGCUGAGAUGCUUUCUGUCUCUGUGGCCAAGUGAUACUGGUUCCUCUGAGAUGAGGGUACGAAAGACGGGAGGAUAA